AAGCCUCUCAGAUUCACUCACACUCUCUCUCUCUCUCUCUCUCUCUAUCUGAGACUCUGUCCUCUCAAGGUUCUAUCAUUUUUCUCUGCGAUUGCUCGCUUUUGAGUCGGUCUGCUUACGUGCGCUGCCGUGAGUGACGGUGCUAAUCGUGCGCCGCCGUGAGAUGUCGCCGGCGGCAUCUAGCAACUCUGGCGUUAAGAAUCUUGUGCUGCAGGAGGGCCCACUACUAGGGGAUAAGAAAGAAACCAAGAAAGAGAGAAGAUCAGACGGCGGGGAUUGAAGAGACGAAUCUACUAAGGGACCCACUGGGACGAGAUGGACGGCCAGAAAAGCCAGGCGAAGCUCACGAGAACACAGUCCUCGCUCCUCCGGUCGUCUCCGACCAUCCGAUCGUCCAUUCACAGCCUCUCUUCGGUUAACGAAGAAGACGGUAUCAUCCCCCACCAACAAGACUCGGAGGAAGAGAAGUUGAUGAAGAAGCCUAAGAAAUCUGGGUCGACUCCGAGAACCGGGUCGACCCGGUUCACCAGCCCUGUCCUCGCCAUGGCCACGCUCUGUGUCUUCACGCUCUUCUCUCUGUUCUUCUUCUUCUGCUUAUUCUAUCUGAGGAAAGAAGAGACACCCACUUCGGAGAACCUGCUCUUGGCCCUGAUUUUCUUCGCCGUGGCGCUGUUCUUCGCGUCCAAGCACAAGGGUCUGAUCCACCAGGCCUUACUGGUCCUCAAGAACUCGUGGGAUGAGAGCGCGAAGCGACUCGGGCUUUCUAGAACCAGCUCGAAACCCGUCCAGUGGUUCAUCGGCGAGCCGAGCGUGCAAAAAGCUCGACAAAGAAGCAACAAGAUCAUACGGGAAGGCGUGGAGUUCUACAGCAAUGGGGAUUUCUACGAGGGGGAGUUCCACAAAGGGAAGUGUAAUGGGAGUGGGGUGUACAACUACUUCGUGAAUGGAAGGUACGAGGGGGACUGGAUCGACGGGAGGUACGAUGGGUAUGGGAUCGAGAGCUGGGCCAGAGGGAGUAGGUACAAGGGGCAGUAUAGGCAGGGCUUGAGGCAUGGCUAUGGGGUUUACAGGUUCUAUACCGGGGACUCGUAUGCAGGGGAGUGGUGCAAUGGGCAGAGCCAUGGGGUCGGAGUGCAGAACUGCUCCGAUGGAAGCUGCUAUGUUGGGGAGUUCAAGUGUGGAGUCAAGCACGGCCUCGGUUUCUACCACUUCAGAAAUGGAGAUAGAUAUUCGGGAGAAUAUUUUGGAGACAAGAUUCAUGGAUUUGGCGUGUAUCACUUUGCUAAUGGUCACUGCUACGAGGGGUCGUGGCAUGAAGGCCGUAAGCAAGGCUAUGGUAUGUAUACCUUUCGAAGUGGAGAGACAAGAUGUGGAGAAUGGGAUGCCGGCACCCUUAAAUACCCUCUACCCCCACUAACUGACACAGUCCUUCGAGUAAUUCAGGCUGCUCGAAAAACGGCAGAGAAUGCUAUCAACCUUCCCCGAGUGGAUGAACAGGUAAACAAGGCAGUCAUGGCUGCAAAUAGAGCCGCCACUGCCGCAAGAGUUGCUGCUGUCAAAGCUGUUCAGAACCGAAUAGAUGGGAAAUUUUGCGACACAAAUGUCUAGCUAAUAAGAUACUGGCUUUGUUUGAAAGUGUACAUUUUUACUAAUUUUUAGUGUUUGGAAGAUGUCACCCCAGUGAGCAAAAGCUCAUCGGAGGUUGAGAGAGAGAGUAUGUUUGAGGUUUUCUCGACCACACUGUAACUUGUAAAUACCCCAUGUACAUCAAUGGAAGAUGACUUUUGAAGAUUAAA